AUGAUUCCUGUUGCUGAGUUUAAGCAGUUUACAGAGCAGCAACCUGCCUUUAAAGUCCUUAAACCCUGGUGGGAUGUCUUGGCUGAAUAUAUCACCAUUGCCAUGCUCAUGAUUGGGGUCUUUGGCUGCACCUUACAGGUAAGAAAACAUCUCUCCCUGCACCUAAUGUUUCAUAUUUUUAAGUGUGAUUUUCUCCCAAAUGUGUCAGUGUUCUAGUGUGUCAUUCAACUAACUAGUGAAGUCCCUACCUACUAAAAAAGUGUCAAGAUGUAAGGAAGAAAUUGCACAAUCUAGGUUAUUGCGACAUAUAGAUAAAAUACUACUUAUUCAUAGUGGUUACGGCAUGGCAUACAAUUGCCAUAACACCUGUUACAGUGAAUGAUUACUCUCAUUGCCAAUCCUGCAACCUGCAGCGAUCUUCAAUCAAGGGUCUAUUGUUAGAUCCUGGAGCAUCAAAAGACAAUUCUGUGUCACUGUUGUUCUCUUGCACAUACACAAAAGUACAUCCAAGUUCUGUGGACAAGAAAUCAGGAUCCACCAUAGAGCUUACUCAUGCAAUGAGCAAAAGGAAGUUCUUGAUCAGUGCCUAGAGAACACUUGGACUUGAUAAAAGUUGAUGGACAAAGCUCUGUCUUUUGACAAUCUGAGCUUGAUCCAUAAGUAAAAAUAUAACCUCUGCCCAGUCUGCUUCCUAGCUGCUUACCCUAGAACGAUUCGGACCUUAGUUGCCGAGGCUUGACUGGGUUCUGUCUGGAGUCUUUUCACCUGACCUGGCUGCAGCUCUCCUUUCAGGCAGGUAUUGUUCCCUCUUCUUAUUCUGCUGCAGCCCUUCUUCCAGGCAGGUACCCACCUCUGCCUGCAAUGUGAUUCCUAUUGCCAUUACAAAGGCACUUGUGGCUCUCAAGCCUGGCUCUCUUGAUUUAGCCCAGGACUAGAGGGAUCGUGCAGAAAGCCAAAAGGCCCAAAGACUGUCACUGGGAUCCCUAAAAAUCCACACACGCAAGUUCUAAAAGGAACUAAAAUCCAAUACUUACUUUGGACUAGCCAAUAUGUUCAUUACAUAAACCUUGCUGUGACAAACUCUAUAAAAUACAAUUAACCAAAUCAAAAAACAUACAGGAACUUAGUGACAUAACAAUUCUAAAGGUAUGGGGAAGACGAUAACUAACACAAUAUCUAUCCUGCCUGCAGAAUUAGCAAUAUGCAAUUCUACCUAAAUAUGCAAAUUAGCAAGCCUUGCUAUUCAGGUAAUGCAUAUAGCAACAGGUGGCACUGUACAGGCUCCACAGCCAUAUCCACCAAGUUGAUUGUAAGCAUUAGCAAGGCAGGAUCACACACAAACAUUUAACCCCACACACCGUGCACCUGCAAUGGACACAGGGUGACUUGAACAUAGGAAUCAUCCAAAGACCUAAUUUAAUUGUCCAUCUUAAACUCCUAGUGAUGGUGACUACUGUCACAAUCCCCUACUUUGUCUUAUAUCUUUUGAUUGAAAUAUAACUUUAUGAAAUAGUCAGUGACAGAGACAGAAUUCUUCAUUUUGUUUUAUGUAAUGCAUUAAUAGUUUUCACUUUUCUCAUUACUUAAUAUAUCUUGUUUGGCACUCCCUACUUUCAUGUGUUGUAUAAUAGUAUGUGCCUAAGUCACUUUCUGAAUUUAAUUUUUUUUUUUUUGUGUGUGCAUCUUUCACAGAUAACACAAGACAAGAUUAUUUGCCUCCCUAAUCAUACUUCAGCUGAUGAGGUUUCCCAAAUCUCCUGCAAAGAGUUUACUCAAAGUACUCCACCCACCAAUUCUAGUGAUGAUGAAUUCCCAACUUCAACACCACCUCCAGUUGUUACUUCUGGUUCUACCCGUGAGAUGACUGGCCUGCGUAACAAUCUGGAUCUUCAGCAGUACAGCUUCAUCAACCAGAUGUGCUAUGAGACUGCAUUGCACUGGUAUGCAAAAUAUUUUCCAUAUCUAGUUGUUAUCCACACACUUAUCUUCAUAAUCUGUGGAAACUUCUGGUUUAAAUUUCCUGGCACAAGCUCUAAGAUUGAACACUUUAUUUCCAUUUUGGGUAAGUGUUUUGAUUCCCCAUGGACAACUAGAGCUUUAUCUGAAGUGUCAGGAGAGUCCAAUCAAGAGAAGACAGCAGAUCGUGAACUUUCCAAGCCCAGUUUUGAGGAAAAUAGUCCUUCCUCCACUGAGCUUCCAGUUCCUGAUAAAUUGGUGGCAGAGACUGCAUCGGCUAGUGUACUAGACAAGAAAGAAGGAGAGCAAGCAAAAGCACUGUUUGAAAAGGUGAAGAAAUUUCGUCAUCAUGUGGAAGAAGGGGACAUAUUGUAUUUAAUGUACAUGAGACAGACUGUGUUAAAAGUCUGCAAAUUUGUGCUCAUCACCAUAUACAAUGCAGCUUUGGUAGGGCAAAUACACUUUAUUGUACCCUGUAGUGUCCACACAGAGGACAUGACCGGCUACAACAGCUUCUGCUGCAACCACACUAAAGCUCAUCUCUUUUCAAAACUGGCUUUUAGCUAUUUGUGCUUUUUGGGAGUCUAUGGACUGACUUGCCUUUACACACUAUACUGGCUAUUCAGGCGCCCACUGAAGGAGUAUUCUUUCCGGUCAGUGAGAGAAGAAACUGGAAUAAGUGACAUUCCUGAUGUCAAGAAUGACUUUGCUUUUGUUCUUCAUCUUAUAGAUCAAUAUGACUCUCUCUACUCCAAAAGGUUUGCAGUGUUUUUAUCAGAGGUGAGUGAGAGUAGGCUGAGACAACUUAAUUUGAACCAUGAAUGGCCAGCGGAGAAGCUGAGGCAAAAACUUCAGCACACACCUGAAGGCCGGUUGGAGCUACAUCUUUUCAAGCUACCAGGUUUGCCCGAUUCAGUCUUUGAGGUGACUGAAACAGAAUCCCUUAAGUUGGAGAUGCUUAGCGAGGCACUCAUCCCUCCUCUAGUAACCAAAUUAGUCCGACUUGAAGAAUUAUCCCUUUUCAAUUGCCCAGCAAAAAUACAGCAUGCUUCCCUUGCGUACCUCAGGGACCGCCUUAGAGUCCUUCAAAUUAAGUUUGAGGACAUCAAGGAGAUACCACUCUGGGUCUUCAGUCUUCGAGCCCUAGAGGAGCUACACCUGUUUGGCUACCUAUCCCAGGACAUGUCAAAAAAUGUAACACUGGAAAGCCUGCGAGAGUUAAAAAGUCUUAAGGUGUUAACACUCAAAAGCAAUCUCUCUAAAGUGCCUCCCACUGUCACAGAUGUGGCUGGCCAUCUGCAGAAACUUAUUAUACACAAUGAUGGAACAAAGCUUUUAACUCUCAAUGCUCUGAAAAGACUGUCUCUACUCAAAGACCUAGAGUUGAUCCGUUGUGAUCUAGAAAGAAUUCCUCAUGCAGUUUUCAGUCUGAACAACCUACAACUCCUGGAUUUAAAGGAGAAUAACCUGCACACCAUAGAGGAAAUUAUAAGUUUGCAGCACUGCCGCAAACUAAGUGUUCUACGUCUGUGGCACAAUCAAAUAGCCUACAUUCCAGAUCACAUCCGGAAACUCAAGAGUUUAGAAGAGCUGUCUUUCAAUCGCAACAAGAUUCUUGUAUUGCCACCUCAACUUUUCCUAUGUACCAAGCUCCGUCAUCUUGACCUUUCCUUCAAUGAGAUUAGAGAGCUUCCCCCAGAGGUUGGGGUUUUACAGCUGCUUCAGUUUCUCUCAUUGACUGGUAACUUUUUAGAAGAACUUCCCAACGAGCUGUUCUUCUGUCAGAAGUUAAAAACUCUGAAGCUGGGACAGAAUAGGUUGGCAAGUUUAUCCCCAAAGAUUGGAUCUCUGACCGCUCUGGUAAAGCUUGAGUUAAAGGGAAACAAGAUAGAUUUCCUGCCCCCAGAGAUAGGUGGAUGUGUUAGCCUGAAAAAGUCUGGCUUAGUGGUAGAACAGUUGUUAAUUGACACACUCCCAAGUGAUGUCAGAGAGAAACUGAGUGAGGACUGA